UUCUGUCUUUGCAGCCUAUUUGGCGGAUUGCUUGUGAUGCACAUCACAUGCUGGUUUGUUCAAGACCCAAACUGCAGUGGAGUUUUGAGGGUUGACAGGUUUGUUUUUCAUCACACGUCCCUGACAGUAUAAACCGGCGUAGCUGGACAGGGCCUUAGGAGAAUUUGGACAAUGGGAGUAAGAACGAGCGUCGCCUCCUACGCCCGCGGCAUCUGCAGCAAGCCUGCAUCGCGCGCCCCAGGGUAGCAGCGCAGGUCUGGGGCUGCGCCACAGACGCGCCCGCAGAGCUAUUUUUAGCCGCUGCAGCCAGCCGGGCCACCAGACGGGGUGGGCGGCAUCCAAGUGCGCCCCGCCCAUCGAGGCCCCGCCCACGCCGCGCCCGGAGCCGCGCGGCCCAAAGCACCCGGCCCGGAUCCUAGAGCCCGCGCCCUGCGCCGGCGGCAAUGAAGAUCUGGAGCUCGGAGCACGUGUUUGGCCACCCGUGGGACACGGUCAUCCAGGCGGCCAUGCGCAAGUACCCGAACCCGAUGAACCCGAGCGUGCUGGGCGUGGAUGUGCUGCAGCGCCGCGUGGACGGCCGCGGCCGCCUGCACAGCCUGCGCCUGCUCAGCACCGAGUGGGGGCUGCCCGGCCUCGUGAGAGCGAUUUUAGGAACCAGUAGGACUUUGACAUACAUCCGAGAACAUUCUGUGGUGGAUCCAGUGGAAAAGAAAAUGGAACUUUGUUCUACCAAUAUCACACUCACAAAUUUGGUGUCAGUUAAUGAGAGGUUGGUGUACACACCUCAUCCAGAGAACCCAGAAAUGACCGUGCUCACACAAGAAGCCAUCAUCACUGUGAAGGGAAUUAGCCUCGGUAGUUAUUUGGAAAGUUUAAUGGCCAAUACGAUAUCGUCCAAUGCAAAGAAGGGGUGGGCCGCUAUCGAGUGGAUAAUUGAACACUCUGAAAGCGCUGUGAGCUAAGGAGGCCUGUGCCUGCGCUUGUGAUAAAUGGUGAUGCUUCCCAGAAGAAAGGAAAGAAGGUGAGGAGGUGAGGAGAGGACGAGCAAAGACGGGACGGAAGAGCGUGUCUGGCUGCGAGGGCGCACAGGGCCGGGGAGGGGGGAUUAGGCUGGACUCAUCGCGGGUCGCAGGUGACCCCGGGACCAGACGUCCCUCCCCUCAUGAGCGUGCAACAGGGAGCAGCCCCAGCCAGCCCUACCACCGCCGUCUGAGUGGAUGGAGGGCGCGAGGCCCUCGCCCGUGUCCCUUAGGGGCGGUGCCCAUCGUCCUGCCUGCCGCGGUGGCCCAGGCCCUUCUCUCCCUGCAGGUGGCCCGCGCCGCCCGCGCCCGCCUGCCCACGCUGUCCUCCACUCAGGCGCCUCCACAGACGCUGGCGGGUUUGCUGCCCUCCAGCCUCUCCGCCCCCCUCCCCCACUCCCCCACCCCCUCCCCCGCCCCCGCCCUCGCCCUCGUCCCCGUCCCAGUGUCCCAGUCCCCUCGGUCCUGCAGAUCAGCAAGCAGCUCUCCUGGGCCCGCGGCUGCUCCGGGCCUCACAUCUGCUGCUGGCCUCGGCGGGCUCUGACUGCGGGGCUUACGGGGCCUGGGGCCAUGGCUUUCUUCUCGGCCCCCAAAUGUCUUUCCUGGAGUGGCUAAGCCUCUCCUGACGAGGUUCCUCAUGCGGGGAGAGGGCUGGGGUCCAGGGGUUUCCCGGCCCUUUCUGCAGGCUGUGCCAGCCCCCUCCAGCCUGCCCCUGCCCUGCCCGGGGGACAUCCUGCGCCCAGGCUGGAGGCCCUGCCUCGCUGCUUGCCAGCCUCACCUGCUGGGGCUGGAGGCCAUGGAUCCCUCAUAGUAUCCAAGGUUUGAGUUCCUGUUUUUCUCCUUAGAGUUUUGUGAGUGUUUGAGGGACAAUGACCAAAGGUCUUUUUCCCACCAUCUUUAAAUCAAAGUUGUUUAAAACAACAUUAAUUUUAAAAAAUACAUAAAAGCAACCCAGGCUUAUGGUGGAAAAAGAGUACAGGAGUCUGGAGUCCGUUGAAGGGUAAAGGCCUCCCACAAGCUGCCAGUCGGCUCUUUUUCGCAAAGCCUUCCAGAAGUUUUCUGUGCUUAUGAAAGUGUAUGUGUGGCCUUUCUCUUCCCUUCUUUUAUUAAACACAGAUAGGCUCAUGCUGGAUAAA